GAAACGUCACUGAUCGUACGAUUAUAAACUGUAACGCUUUUAUUUUUUCGUUUAAAUACACUCAACUACCUUAUUAAUUUAUUUUCGUGCAACAUGUGCUAAAAUUAUAAAUAAUAUUCAGUAGUAAGCUACGAAUACAAAUAUGUCUUCAUGACCUUUAUUCUUAAGAUAUAAUAGGUAGAGCAAAAUGUCGAAGGCAGUGAUACUACCAGGAUGUAAGGAUAUUGGACGUAUAAAGGAAGAAAUAUCGCUGUCACCACCGGAUAAAAAGGAUGGAGCAAUUAGUUUGCUCAGUCGACUGUUGCGUUUAGAUAAUUUGAGUAAACGACACACUCCGGAAAGCCCUACUUCUAAUGAGCCUAACACAACAUAUUAUGGAGUCUACAUUCCUUGUGAAAUUAAAAAAGGUCCAGAUGAAGAAGCUUUACAUGUGUAUGAAAAUAAAUCGGAAGCAAUGGAGCUGGUUAGAAGAUAUAAAUCUGCAAGGUUUAAGAUGUUCAGGAAUCACCAGGAUGCAGUAUCAUUUGCAUUACGAGGUGCUGAACCAACUGAGACACAUGAAGGGAACAAUUCACUUAUGGGAGAGAAGCCGUACCCAUUCAAAGCUCCAUCUCCUCAGGACAUGGUGGCUUUACGUAAGGCGAUAGAGGCAGGCCUGGCUACUACAGUAUGUGAUCGUAUUUGGGACAAUCCGAGAUAUCUCGUCAGUAGUGGAAAUACACCGGCUAUUGUACAGGAAGGUUCUCGGUAUAACGCGCUGCACGUCGCUGCAAAAGCAAUGAAUGCAGAGAUCUGCAAUUUGUUGCUGACCACAGUCGGGAAUCCUGCUUUUGUGCAGACUUUGUAUGGUAUGGAUGCUGAUGCUGGCUCUUGUAAGGAGUUCUCGGCGAUUCUCGUAGACCGUUACCUGAACACUCCGGAUAAAGCUAUGAACGAGACACCGCUGCACUUCGCUGCCAAGUUCGGUGCAGAGGCGGUGGUUGAUGUGUUAACUUCCUUCCCUCAAUGCAAUAUGAAUGCAGUCAAUAAAUAUGGCGAACAACCUAAAGAUAUAGUAUGCGCACGCGCAUCCUCACUGCCGGCGGAGGUGGGGGACAAGAUCCGCGGCAUGCUGCGUCAGCGGUACUACGUGCCCGUGCUGCAUGCUGAGGACGGCAGCAGGGAGCCCACCAUCGGCAGACCGUUCUCACCUGGCGUGCCACAAGAAAUCAACAACGACCCCUUAUGCCCCCGGUACGAGAUCCGAGCCUUCGCUGGUCCGAUGGCAUCACGUGAUGCAGAGUCCUUCCGCCGCAGGUGGAAGACACCGCCACGAGCUGGCUUCAGACUGGCUGAGAUGUCCAAGGGUCUGGAGACUGUUGGCAGGAGUCUCGCGGAACAAAUGAAAGUAAAUUGGAAAGAAUACUGGCCUUUUUUAGAUACAUUCACUGAUCUGAGAACUAAAGAGGGAUUAACAUUAUUGGAAAACUAUUUAAAAAAUAAAUACGAAAUCGCCUGUUCAAUAGUUUACAAUGAUAGUUGCUCGCAAUACCAUCAUACGCCGGAUGAACUAUCUCUAUCCGCGAUAAGUUUAAACACCACUCAGAGUCCAGUUAAAGAACCCUUAAGUCCCAUCUCAGAUUUAUGCGCGGCGAUGAGAAGUUGCACGAUAACAUCAGACCGGCCACCAUAUUGGAAAAGAACGGAUCCAAUAAGACAAAGACUUUGUCGACAACCGACGUUAAAGGCGACCAUAAAUGGUGAUAUAACCCCACCUGUUAAUACUGUCAAUCAAUUACUAUGCAUAGAAAGGACCUGUCAAGUGUUUGCGAAAAGGAUAGCAGAUGCACUUGUCUUCUCUCUCACAGCGGAACCUGAGAUAGCAAGUGAUUCUUUGAAAUCCGAAGCGAAGCAUCUUCAACAUACAAUAUAUACAUAUAUGAACGAUGAGAGAUUUAAAACUAUAAAUUUUUCUCUAUUACAUUCAAGAUUAGCACAACUUGUUGUGUUCAAAUUAAAACAAAAAACAAAGGAAUUAGACGAUGUCAACUCUUUAGUGGAAUUUUUAGUGAAACUCCGGUGUCCUAAUGAUGAUAUCUUCAGUUCUGAUGAUGAGAGGAAAACGUUCUCAUUCAGAAGUCGGAUUAAAAUAUCUCAUGUUAUUGACGAACAUGUGAGAUGUUUGUCCAGUUUCAUAUGUGAGGAGCUGACGGAGACAGAUGAGACCAAAGGGCCAGCGGUCUCGGACACAGAGUGCUCAGAAAUCUGGUCUCGGGCUAGUAAAUGCAGAUGCGAUUGGAAUAUAGAUAUGUUUGAAAGGAAUAGUAAGAAAAAUGCCUCGUUCAGGAAGAAUAGAUCAACAUUGUCUUCGAGUCCGAAGAGUGAAAGUUUCAUACGAAGGUUGAUGUUUGAUCAGGAUAUUGAUGGUGUUACAGGAGACGGCAUGGCGCAGCGCGGCGCGGCUGUCAGCGCGGCGCACAACUCCCCCGCCGGCGACACCCCGCACUGCACCCCGCACUACACGCUGGACGUCGCCAAGUGUCAAGUUGUUGAAGCCGAGAUAUCAGAUGAUGAUUCAGUGGCGUCAUGUCGCUCUGACAGCGAGGAGACGUACCACACAGCAUCAGACCACUCUGAAGAUGAAGAGGAUUCCCUGAUGGAAGACGCCAGCGAUAGAGCACUCGUAGAACCCUUUAUAUAUGGUGAGGAGCCAACGAAGAUGGAUCGCUUAGUGUUUGAUGCACUCGCGGAUGUCGAGGUCUCGGAGGAAGAGUUUCCCAACGUGCAUCGCUGGAGACACACAGUCGCCCUCUACACGCCGCAGGAGAGACAAAAAUGGGUGCAGUCGGGUGAAUGGUGUAACGUCUCGUGCGGUUCGCUGUCCUUGGCGGGCAGUCCGCGCCCCCCACACUCCCCCGCACCAUCAACGCCCACCCCAACCACCCCCGGUUCACCUGCUCUCACCCCCGCCCCGGCCUGCAGCACGCCCGGCAAGCAGCGAGGCGAUGACGCCAGAUCCUUGUCACUGCAGGUUUCGAACUGGCUCCGUGUGACAGGACCUAACUCCCCGCGCUGCGCCUCCGCUGCCAAGAACGUGGGACACAACGUCAGCUUUGGCUUCUGACUUACUGUCUACCCUAUUUUGUAUCACGUAGCCUUGAAGGUACGCUGUGAAAAUACUUACGGAAAUUCUCAUUCACAAACUUGUGUUCAUCUAAAGGUAAAAUUGUUUGUAAUUUCUAAUUGAUUUUAAAAAUGUGAUUUGUUAGGAAUUGGUUUUUAUUAAAA